CAUGAUCUUUUGUUUUUUCUCUAUUUUAUAUUUGCUUUCCUUAAAAAAAAAAAAAAAUGUGGCCACGAGUGGUCAUAGUACAAGGUAAAUUAAUUACUGCUGUCCUUUCAUAUAAUACGAGCAUGACUUUUGUGCUUUUCUCAUGGACUUCUCAACUAUGCCUAAAUGAUGCCUCCCCUAUAAUACUGUGUAGCCAACGCUGACGAAUCCAGAAGCUGAAUUACACAUUUUGGCCAUGGCAGCUUUUUCUCUCUCUACUGCCGCAUCAACCACCACCACUCUCUCCACUCUAGAUCCGGACAUCAUCCGAACCCACAUCUUCACCCGACUCGACGGCCCAUCUCUCGCUGCUAUUGCUUGCGCAUCAUCGCAAUUUCUCGCACUCUCUACUGAGGAUGAACUAUGGCGAGAAAUAUGCUCCGCCACAUGGAGAUCCACCGACCACCCAUGUGUCCGUCAACUCAUCUCUACUUUCCUCGGCGGUUAUCGCUCCUUCUUCUCCGAUUCCUUCCCCCGUCUUGAUCACCCAAAAGCAUCAAACCAAAAUCAAGAUCGUUCAUUCGAGCCGUCAUAUUUAAUCUCGGCUGUCGAUAUCUACUACAAGAACAUACCCAUAUUCUCGAAUAUACGAGAAACACACACCACGACGACGAAGUUUCUGUGUUCUCCUUUCUGUGUCGAGUUAUCAGAGGCAAACGAUGACGUUUCAACUCCAAUACAACAUGAAGGAGAGAUUGAGGAGAUUCUUCAACAUCUAAAAGAGAAUUUGAGUUUGAGUUGGAUAGUGAUCGACCCAAUUUUGAAGCGGGCGGGCAACGUGUCUUCGAGGAGCCCAGUUUCGCUAGAAUGGCCUAGCACAACAAGAAACGUGCAACUCUGUUACUCAACGAUUAUGGCAGGAGAUGGGCGGCAAGGAUUGGAAGCGGAGUUAGUGGAGUGUAGAUUAGUGGUCACGUGCAGUGGGGUAGACGAAGGGGAAGUGCACGUGGAUGACGUAAGCAUGGAGAUAAGGGACAUUGAAGGAAGGAGAUUUGAUGGGAGGGAGAGUUUGGUAAUUUUACAGGAAGCCUUAGUGAAAGGGGAGAGAAAGAGAAGUAAGAUAGGAGAAAGGGAAAAGAAUUGCAAGGAAUUCGAGAGUAGAAGGAUAAAGAAGAAGCCUAUUAGAGAUAGUGUUGUAUAUAAGUUUUGCUAUGCUGCCAUGAUUUUCACUGCCUUUUGCGUUACUGUACCUCUAUCUAUGGCACUCUCCAUAGGUAGUUUUUGGUAGGGUGGUCCCGCUCCACCAAUCAACUCUGAUCCGCCAAUGGAAUGGUUGGCUAUAUGCUAGUAAUUCCUGGCAAAAAA